CCGGGGCCCGAGCCGCGCCGUGAGCCCGGAGCGCUCCGCAUGGAGCCCCGCGGGAUGCGGCCCGGGGCGCCCGUGCUCCUGCUCGGCUUCCUGCUCGCCGUGACCGGCGGCGGCCGCGUGGAGGUGCCGCGCAGCGUGACGGCGGUGCUGGGGCAGGACGUGGUGCUGCCGUGCCGUUACCGGGCGCAGGAGCAGGAGCAGGUGGUGCAGGUGACGUGGCUGAAGCGCGGCCCGGGCGCGGUGCCCGCCGAGGUGGCGGUGCUGAACCCGCAGCACGGCGAGCACGUGCAGGAGCCCUUCGCGGGCCGCGUGCUGCGCCACGGCCACGGCGACCUGGGCGACGGAGCCAUCGUCCUGCGCAACGCCGUGCAGGGCGACGAGGGCGACUACGAGUGCCACCUGAUCACCUUCCCCAUGGGCAGCUUCGAGGGGCGCCUGACGCUCAGGGUGCUGGUGCCACCGCUGCCCAUCCUGAACCCGGGCCCGCCGCUGGAGGAGGGCCAGGGCCGGACGCUGGCGGCCUCGUGCACGGCCGAGGGCAGCCCGGUGCCCUCGGUGCGCUGGGAGACCGAGGUGCGCGGCACCAACGCCACGCGGCGCUCGGCCCACGCGCGCUCCGCCUCCGUCACCAGCGAGUUCUUCCUGGUGCCCGGGCGCAGCAUGAACGGCAAGAGCCUCACCUGCGUGGUGGCACACCCCGGCCUGCGCCACGAGAAGAGGAUCACCCACCUGCUCAGCGUCGCCUACCUGUCGGACGCGUCGGUGCUGGGCCACACGGCCGAGUGGCAGGAGGGGAUGGAGGGGGCGGCGCUGACCUGCCUGGGGGAUGGCAACCCCCCCCCGACCUACAACUGGACACGGGUGGACGCGCCGCUGCCCGCGGGUGUCAGGGUCAAGGGGGACACGCUGCUGUUCCAGCGGCCGCUGGCCGUGGCCGACGCCGGUGACUACGUGUGCCGAGUGUCCAACCGCGUGGCCGCCAAGGAGGCCCGGGCCAACGUCAGCAUCCGGGGACGCGCCACAGAGGACACGGUGCGCCGCGUGGACCUGGUGUCAGCCUCGGUGGUCGUGGUCGGGGUCAUCGCCGCUGUCCUGCUCUGCGUCCUCGUCAUCGUCGUGGUGGUCAUGACCCUGUACCACAAACGCAAGACCCAGCGCAUCUCCGAGAAGUACGAGGAGGAGCUGACGCUGACCCGGGAGAAUUCCAUCCGGAGGCUCCACUCCAGCCACAGCAGCGACCCCCGGGCACAGGUGGGGACACGGAACUGGGGGGGCUCGGGGG